AUGGCUUCGAAGGCACUUGCAAUUAUUGCUGGAGUGGGCCCUGGUACAGGUGCCUCGAUUGCCAGAAAGUUCGCCAAGACAUACUCUGUCGUUGUUCUGGCCCGAAACCCAGACAACUAUGAUCCUGUCGUUCAGGAGAUCAAUGCCAGUGGCGGUCAAGCCAUCGGCAUCAGUACUGACGUCUCUGACUCAAAGAGUGUGAAUGCCGCCUUUGACAAGAUUGCUACUCAAUACCCAACCGCCAAAGUUGCAGCUGCAGUGUUCAAUCCAGGUGGUGGCUUUGUUCGAAAGCCAUUCCUCGAACUCACUGAGCAGGAUUACUCAAUCGCACUUGCUUCUCAAGGACAAGGUGCUUUCAACUUUGCCCAACGCUCUCUGCCACUACUCUUAGAUUCUCGUGAAUCUUCUGAGUAUCCUCCAACUCUAAUCUUCACGGGAGCUACAGCUAGUCUGAAGGGCUCGGCUAACUUUGCUGCGUUUGCCUCGGGUAAGUUUGCGUUGCGUGCACUCGCACAGUCACUUGCCCGUGAGUUUGGACCGCAAGGUGUGCACGUCUCGCACACCAUUAUUGAUGGUAUCAUUGAUAUACCACGAACCAAGGAAUGGGCGAACGAGCAUGUGGAUGGGAAGCUGAGUCCCGAUGCUAUUGCGGACUCAUAUUGGUAUCUACACACUCAGCCCCGCACGACGUUUGCCUUUGAGUUGGAUUUACGACCAUACGUUGAGAAGUGGUAG